AUGCAGCUUCCUCUCUUCAUCAAGGUGCUUCCUCUCUUGAUCAAGAUGCUUCCUCUCUUCAUCAAGAUGCUUCCUCUCUUGAUCAAGGUGCUUCCUCUCUUCAUCAUGCAGCUUCCUCUCUUCUUCAAAGUGCUUCCUCUCUUCAACAAAGUGCUUCCUCUCUUCAUCAUGCAGCUUCCUCACUACAUCAUGCAGCUUCCUCUCUUCAACAAAGUGCUUCCUCUCUUCUUCAAAGUACUUCCUCUCUUCAUCAAGAUGCUUCCUCUCUUCAACAAAGUGCUUCCUCUCUUCAAAAAAGUACUUCCUCUCUUGAUCAAGGUGCUUCCUCUCUUCAUCAAGAUACUUCCUCUCUUCUUCAAAGUACUUCCUCUCUUGAUCAAGGUGCUUCCUCUCUUCAUCAUGCAGCUUCCUCUCUUCUUCAAAGUGCUUCCUCUCUUCAACAAAGUGCUUCCUCUCUUCAUCAUGCAGCUUCCUCUCUUCAACAAAGUGCUUCCUCUCUUCAUCAUGCAGCUUCCUCUCUAA